CACAAAGGAAUUGAUAUCUUGCGUGUAAAGUUUUAAAAGAAAGGCAAGAAGCUAUGCAAAAUCUUAAAUCUUGUCCAUAUGCCGAAAAGUGCUAUCGCCGUAAUCCUAUACAUUUUGGAGAAUUUUCUCAUCCACAUUUGGAUCGUAUAUAUGAAAACGGACUAGACAAGCAAACCAACUCAUAUUCUAUACCGCCUGAACUGCUGGAGAAUUCUGAAUUAAUUUUGCAACAGCUGAAGUUACUAGAGAAGCUUUUCCCUAAAACGAAAAUAAAUAAAAAGAAAGAAGAGAAUCAGAAGUUAAUAAGUGAUAAUAACUCAACUUUCUUGCCAGAGAAAUGCAGCAAAAUUCUUUUGUCUGGCGCGUCAACGUCGGCAACAGCUGCAUGCAACAAAGCCAGCAAUGAGUCCAAUAUUAGAAAAAAGCAAAAAAUGAUGCAUAAUAUGAAAGAUUAUAUACCAGUCAUAGUUGAAAAAGGCCAAAUGGCCAAAAAACUAGAAGCUGCGGCUCCUUACAAUCUUUUCCUAACUGCAAUUACAGAUUCUAAGUCGACACAUCAUGAACCACUAAGCGUUACUUUCCAAGAGAUUUUAGAUGACAGUCUGGGUGAAAUAGAAAGCUCAGUACAAAUAAAUUUUAUGGUAGAUAUUGGCUGGUUACUUGGCCACUAUUAUUUUGCUGGAAUACUACAUACUCCUUUGCUGGUGUUGUAUGGUGAUGAAAGUCCCGAAUUGAAAAGCAUUUCUCAACAUAAACCGAAUGUAACGGCAAUUAAAGUCACUAUGCCUACCCCAUUUUCUACCUCGCAUACGAAAAUGAUGUUAUUCGCUUAUAAAGACGGUUCCAUGCGUGUAAUUGUGUCUACAGCUAAUUUAUAUGAAGACGAUUGGCAUAAUCGUACUCAGGGUAUGUGGAUAAGUCCUCGCUUAGCACCCUUAACUGAAGGAGUUGAUACUAAGGCCGGUGAUAGUAUUACUAAUUUUCGGCAGGAUCUAAUGCUCUAUUUGGUUGAGUAUAAAAUUUCCAAACUGCAGCCAUGGAUAGCGCGUAUUCGUAAAGCCGAUUUCAGCAGCAUUAACGUCUUUUUUAUUGGCUCAGUACCGGGUGGUCAUCGUGAGGGGCCAAGAGGACAUCCGUGGGGUCAUGCCCGCGUCAGCUCUCUCUUGCAAAAACAUUGCGCACCUGUUGAUGAGAAGAUUCCCAUUGUAUGUCAAAGUUCCAGCAUUGGUAGUUUGGGUGCUAAUAUACAAACUUGGGUACAACAUGAUUUUCUUAAUAGCUUACGGCAAGAUAGUAUGCCUUUGCGAGUGCGUCAGUUUCCUCUUUUCAAAAUGAUCUAUCCCAGUUUUGGAAAUGUUAGUCGUAGCCACGAUGGCAUGUUGGGUGGCGGGUGUUUACCCUACAGCAAAAGUACCAACGACAAGCAACCUUGGUUAAAACUUCAUUUACACCAGUGGAGUUCUAAAAUGCGACAUCGUUCACAAGCAAUGCCCCAUAUAAAAAGUUAUGCACGUUAUGAUUUAGAGGCUCAAUGCGUCUAUUGGUUUUUACUUAGCUCGGCUAAUCUCUCCAAAGCUGCUUGGGGGGCAUUCAAUAAGAAUGUUAACAUACAACCCUCUUUGCGUAUAUGUAAUUAUGAAGCCGGUGUUUUAUUUUUGCCUCGUUUCGUUACUGGCGAAGAUACAUUUCCUUUAGGUGUCGUAAGAGAUGGUGUUCCACCAUUCCCUCUGCCUUAUGAUGUACCUUUAACACCUUACGGUCCUGAUGAUACACCAUUCCUGAUGGAUUAUUUGCACGCUUGAAAAUGCUACUUAAAAGUUCAAUAUUUAUAUUUAUUCCAUUUUAUGCAACCGAUUAUAAAGAUGACUAGAACAUCUAUUAAACAAAAUUGCACGUCUACGCAAUUCAAUUAAA